AUGGAAUCUCAAUCAUUGAGCCGAUUCAAGACAGAACUCAAUAGAUUUCUGGAGAUUUACGACAUUAGGGAUAUGGAAGUACAGGAAAGUGUUAUUGAGAAAACAAUAAUCUAUAAUCUAGAGUUGCAAGGGAGGCUUGAUGGGCUGAUUAUCCUACUCUUGUUCCUAAAAGAUGAAAGAUUAUUUAAAAUGACAAUGCCAACCAAAACUCCAAAUAAACUAGCAACUUUUAAUUGCCUACCUUUUCCUGAGAAUUCCCCAUCACAAGAUGAAAACUGUGAUUUUAGAAAUGUUGCUGAAAAGCACACUGAGUAUGAUUUGAAAGACAAUACCAAACAGAAUGAUCAGAAUGACACUCGGUCUCUGAAAAAAGCACAUGUACUUCCAAUGAUGUCACAAGCACUUAAUGUACAAGAUGCAACUGGCAGGAGUUCAGGAACAUUGAGGGCAGUUACUGAAAUUCCUGUACAAUUCAGAAACGUUUUCAAAGAAUUUCCUUAUUUCAACUACAUACAGUCGAAAGCAUUAGAUGAUCUUCUUUACACAGAGAAGAACUUUGUGAUUUGUUCCCCAACUGGCUCUGGAAAGACUGUACUCUUUGAACUGGCCAUUGUUGGAUUACUGAUGCAAGUUCCAAAGCCAUGGUCUAAUAUAAAAAUUGUAUACAUGGCUCCAAUCAAAACUUUAUGUAAUCAGCGAAAUGAAGAUUGGAAAGAAAAGUUUGGGCCUAUUGGACUGAACUGUAAAGAGCUAACUGGAGAUACAGAAAUGGAUGACUAUUUUGAAAUUCAAGACGCCCAUAUUAUCAUAACUACUCCCGAAAAAUGGGACACCAUGACCAGAAAAUGGAGAGAUAAUUCAUUAGUACAAUUUGUGAGGCUUUUCCUCAUUGAUGAGGUACAUGUUGUGAAAGAUGAAUGUCGUGGUGCAACUCUUGAAGUUGUAGUCAGCAGAAUGAAAACAGUUCAGUUAGCUGUCUCACGUAUGUCUAAUCAACUCGAUGAUAAAACAUUGAGAUUUGUAGCAGUUUCUGCAACAAUUCCUAAUGUUGAGGAUAUUGCAGAAUGGUUAUCAGAUGGAAAAGGACCAGGAAUUGCCAUGAAGAUAGAUGAAAGCUAUCGACCAGUAAAGCUCCGCAAAAUUGUUCUUGGAUUUCCUUGCUCCAGCACUCAAACUGAAUUCAAGUUUGACUUAUCGCUUAAUUACAAAAUGGCUAGCGUUAUCCAGACAUAUUCUGAGCAGAAACCUGCUCUGGUGUUUUGUGCUACAAGGAAAGGUGUGCAACAGGCUGCAUCCAUACUUGCAAAGGAUGCCAAAUUUAUCAUGACCACGGACCACAAGCAAAGAUUGCAAAAAUAUACAAACUCAAUAAAGGAUUCAAAGCUUAGAGAUCUGUUAGUAUACGGAGUUGGUUAUCAUCACGCUGGUAUGGAUGUAUCCGAUAGGAAAGCGAUUGAAGCUGCUUUCACUGCAGGAGAUGUACCAGUACUUUUUACUACUAGCACUUUAGCUAUGGGAGUAAACUUGCCAGCCCACUUAGUGGUAAUUAAAUCCACAGUGCAUUACGCAGGAGGAAUGUUUCAAGAAUACAGUGAAACUGAUAUACUUCAAAUGAUGGGCCGAGCUGGUCGACCUCAGUUUGACACAACAGCCGCGGUAGUUAUCAUGACAAGGACCCAAACAAAGGACAACUACACACAGAUGUUAGAUGGAGUACAUACAAUUGAGAGCAGUUUACACAAGCAUCUUGUUGAACAUUUGAAUGCAGAGAUUAUACUGAAUACAAUCACUGAUGUCAAUGUUGCUUUGGAGUGGAUACGAUCAACAUUUCUUUACAUAAGAGCUUUUAAAAAUCCAAACCACUAUGGUUUUGCGACUGGACAAGGUAGAACUGGAAUUGAAACCAAAUUACAAGAAUUAUGCUUGAAGAAUUUACAUGCAUUGUCUUCUAUUGGUUUGAUAAAGAUGGAUGAAGAGAUCAAUUUCAAGCCUACAGAAACUGGAAGACUAAUGGCUCGUUAUUGCAUUGCUUUCGAUACAAUGAAACUUUUCUACUUGGUCACUGGAAGUGAAACUUUAAAUGAACUGGUAAGAUUGAUCUGCAACUGCAAGGAAUUUACUGAUGUUCAACUCAGAAUGAAUGAGAAGAAGAUUCUUAACACACUGAAUAAAGACAAGAAUAGAGUUACCAUCAGGUUCCCUUUAGAAGGAAAAGUAAAAACAAAUGAAAUGAAAGUGAAUUGCCUAAUUCAAGCCCAACUAGGAUGUAUUCCAGUUCAAGAAUUUACAUUAACUCAAGAUACAGCCAAGAUUUUUAAGUGUGGUGUGAGAGUUACAAAAUGCCUUUCGGAAUUGCUUAUGCAACAAGAAAAUAAGAGCUUUAUGGCACUAUUGAACGCAGUGAUCUUAGCCAAAUGUUUUAGGGCUAAACUUUGGGACAACUCUACAUAUGUCUCCAGACAACUUGACAAAAUUGGUCCUACUUUGUCCAAUGCUAUGGUAAAUGCAGGCCUUACUACAUUCCAGAAGAUAGAAGACACAAAUGCAAGAGAAUUAGAGCUGAUUGUAAACAGACACCCUCCUUUUGGAAACCAAAUAAGAGAAUCUGUUCUUCAUCUCCCAAAGUAUGAGCUCAGUGUUGAACAGCUUGCAAGAUACCAUGAAUCAGUGGCAGAAAUUAUUGUGAAAAUCACCUUAACAAAUUAUCAACAGCUACGGGAAAAGAGAACAGCACCUGACAAUCACCACACUUCCCUAAUCAUCGGAGAUGCAGACAACCAAGUUGUCUAUAAACGAAAAAUCACGGAUUCGGCCCUGCUGAAAUCAGGAAACUGGAUGAAGAAAAUUGAAGUUAAAAGGGCCUUUAAAAGUGAAGAAUUAAGUGUUCAUCUUAUAAGUUCUGAAUAUGAUGAUGUUUGGAUCAGGACUUUUGCUUGUCAUUCUAACUCUGCUAUGUUCCUAACCCAGAUUCCCAGUGAUACAUGCUGCAACAUAAAAAGAGAUUAG